CAGACUUAGAGCUCACCGCUCUGGCCAGAGUCAUGGCAACCCAGGCCCUGCUGCCCCUCUUGCUUCUCUGUGUGCUGCUGCUGCAGGCCCAGGGAGGGCUCUAUAACCGGAAGGAGAUGCAGAAAACAACGCUACCCAGAGAAAUCAAGGCCUGUGAGAAGCUCACCAACAUAUAUAUGUGCAGACGCCCAUGUGCAUAUCACCAAGAGUGUCAAGCAAAUAACAUAUGCUGUACAACCUUCUGUGGGAACGUUUGCAUGAGCCUCGAGUGAGUGGGACAGUGGGCUGGGCCAAGCCUCCUGCUCCCGCAACUCUCUAUCAGAGACUGUGCCUGAGACCGAAGCACAAGGAUGUCAACAGGAAUGCCUCCUUCCCCACUGUCUGAACUACUUGUUCCUGUCAAAUAAACCAGAACAAAUGCC